AUGGAAAGGGGGCAGUUGGCACAGGGUGGUGGAAGCUCCAGCGACGGGGAUCACGCCUGUCUCCUUCUGUUUCCUCAGGUGCAGGCGGAGGCCAGGAAAACCUGCACGGCAAAGCGGCCUCCCACCGUUGUGCGGCGCCCUGCAGCGCCCAGCGGUGGCAUGGCGGCCGUGUCCCACACCCUGCCCAAGGCCGGCGCUGGCUGCCUCUUCAACAGCCUGCAGCGGCGGGAGCAGGCCCGGGCAGAGCAGGCCCGGCUCCUGACCCUGCGGGGCAUCAUGGGCGACAGCUCCCUGCGGCCCACGCCCGAGGAAUGCCACGGCCCCAGCAACACGUGGCCUCAGAAAUGUGGCUGGAGGAAGGGGGGGCCGGGGGCAGCUGCCGCUGGACCUCAGCCCGGGGAGCUGCUCCUCUACGUCAGGAACCCGCUGGUGCAGGACAUCGAUGCCGAGUGCGGGGCAGCCCCUCAGAAACCCUGCCUUCCUCACCCCAAAAUCACAUGCCCCCGUGUUUCCCUGGGCUCUGUGCUCAGCCUGGAGCUGCCACGGGAUGCAGUGGUUCUGGGCUGCCGCCGAGGGACUGAGGCACGGCAGCAGGAAGCAGAGGGACAGGAGCAGAGGCAGGAUCAAGGGGUCCUGCCUGGUAAAAUGGAGUUUCAGAUGAUGGAGGGGACGCUGGAAAGGAAGCACGCCAGCUGCCGGGCCUGGGGCCUCUUCCACGCCGUGCUGAUGAGGCAGACACUGUGCUUCUACCAGGACCGCAGGGACAGCCUCAAGAGCUCCGUGGUGGCCCUUCCCCUGAACCUCUCCGGGGCAGUCUGCACCCCAGAUGCUGAGUACACCAAGAAGACCAACUGCUUCAGGCUUCAGCUGCAGGAUGGCUCUGAAUACCUCCUGAGGGCCCCCACCCAGCCCCUUAUGAACGAAUGGGUCUCAAAGCUGCAGCAAAACUCAGGUUUCCCCAAAGUGGAUUACUUCCAGGCAGCAGCACAGCAUGUCGAGGGCACUGGUGGUACUGGCAGUUUCAGCAAGUUCUCCAGCCCUGGGGCCUCCCACCUCCAGGGACAUCACCAGGUCACCAGCACCAAGAGCCAGGAGAUGGUGGUGUUACCCUGUGCAAGCCCACUACUGCAGCGGUCUCUGGGCAGCCAGGAUGGCCCAGUCGAUGGGACUGUGACAGCAGCAGAGAAUGCUCAGGGGGCUGGGCACAAGGAGCAGCAGUGGCCAUCCAGGGCAUCCCCCGGGCUGUGGGACAACAUCUGCCCAGAGGAUGACUAUGGGCUGGUGGCCAACAAGAGGAGGUCCUACUCCUUCACCUCAGCCACGUACCAGAAGCUGAGCCCGCGGGCGGUGCCCCAGGAGGCGGCGGGGGCCGGGAGCAGUUACUCGGUCACGCUGUACAUAGGGGAGCAGGCUGUGCCCCGGGCACGCUGCCACUCCUUCGUGGCCCCAACAGGGAGCCCCCGCGACGCGCGGGGGGAGAAGACCACCAGCCCCCCUCGCACCAAGAACAAAUCUGUCUUCAAGAAGUUCUUUGGGAAGAAAGAGUGAGCCCCAGACAAAGGGAGAAAAUGCCCUAACCUGCCUCUUAUCCUCCUCUUGGGCCGCUCUGGCGUGGUCUCUACUCCCAGCAGCAGUUCAUGGCUCACUGCCUCCCCAGGGGCAAGGGGCUCUGCUUCAGCCAGCCCUGAGGCUGCCCUGUGCCCCAGCCACUGCAGCCCCCAGCCUCAGCCUGGUGCUGAGCACCUCUCCUGCCCAGUGCUCUCCCUGGGUGCUGCUGGCUCCCCAGGCAUCCUAAUGACUCACAGCACAAGCAGAGGGGGGUGGAUGAUGGUUUUUAUUAAAAGAUAAAUGGACA